CGGGUAAUGCAGGUGACGAUGGACUUCGUCACAGGACUGCCUGCAAAGGACUGCUGUAAUGACGCGAUAUUUAUCGUCGUCGAUAAGCUGACGAAGAUGGCCCACUUCGCCGCCUGCAAGGAAAGUAUCUCAGCCAAAGAAACAGCCCGCCUCUUCAUCCCAACUGUCGUUCACCUCGAUGGAAUUCCAUCCGCCAUCAUUUUGGAUCGUGACACAAAAUUCACCAGUAAUUUAUGGCGCAACCUAUGGGAACAGUUUGGCACGCGCCUGCAAUUCUCCUCCGCCUACCACCCGGAGACUGACAGACAGACCAAACGGGCCAAUCAGACGAUGGAGGAGCUGAUUCGCACCACCUGCGACGACUGGGAGCAGCAACUUCCACUGAUUGAGUUUACGUAUAAUAAUGCCCCGUCAACCACUACACGACAGUCACCUUUCUACCUGAAUAAAGGACAAAACCCUACACUACCAAUCACACCCAACAUAAAAAAUCCUAUACAUCGAGCCCAACAGUCCGUUGAAAUAUUACAGAAUGCCCGGGAGUGAGCCACCGAAGCCAUUAAGCACGAGAA